CAUCGAGAAAAGUGCUGCAGUCGAGUCGUCGCGAGUCGCGUUUUCCUGGCGAGCCCGUUGCGUUUCUUGAGUUUAUUCCGACGUUCCAAGUGCCAGAACGAGAAAGAGCAAGUAGAGCUAUCGCUAGGAUAUUGGCGAAUCGGCGUAGGUGGUGGUGGCGGUGUUGCCGCCGUUGUCGUGGUUUCAGAGCGAUUCGAGGGCGCAGCCCACAGCGUAUCGCCGUCAUCGUCGUCGUCGCCGCCGUAGCUGACGAGAGAGGGCCUUGCUCGUUCGCACACUUGCAUAUACACACGUACAGGUGCAAGCGGACACUCGCGCUCUGGUCUCUGUCUCCAGCAAGCAGCUGCUCGCAGCUUCGGCUCUGCCUAAGGCAAGUUUGUUUGCAGGCAACGUCAAUGGCGGAACACUGAAAGGACAGCGGAGACUGCAGUGCCGGCCGCCUGCCCACAGCGGAGUGACGUGGAUCGCUUCCCCCGUGCCGUCGCCGAGAGGAAUCCGCCGCGGCACGCACAACUCCGAGGAUCAUGAAAAUGGUGUUGUCUCAACGUCAGAGGGAGGAGUUAAACAAGGCGAUCGCAGACUAUCUGAGCGCGAACGGAUAUCAAGAUGCAUUGGAAGCUUUUAAGAAGGAGGCCGACAUGCACGGUGAGGUGGAGCGCAAGUAUGGGGGUCUCCUCGAAAAGAAGUGGACUUCGGUCAUUCGAUUACAGAAGAAGGUAAUGGAAUUGGAGUCGAAACUGUCGGAAGCCGAGAAGGAGUUCAUCGAGGGGGCCCCCACGCGGGGUAAGCGCUCGCCCUCCGAGUGGAUACCACGGCCCCCGGAGAAGUUCUGCUUGACCGGCCACAGAGCCACCAUCAACCGAGUCACCUUCCACCCAGUGUACAGCCUUGUGGUCACGGCCAGCGAGGACGCCACGAUCAAGGUGUACGACUUCGAGAGCGGCGAGUUCGAGCGCACGCUCAAGGGCCACACGGAUAGCGUCCAGGACAUUUGCUUCGACGCGACGGGCAAGCUGCUGGCCUCCUGCAGCAGCGACAUGUCGAUCAAGCUCUGGGACUUUCAGCAAUCGUUCAGCUGCAUCAAGACGAUGCACGGCCACGACCACAACGUCAGCUCGGUGGCAUUCGUACCGCAGGGCGAUUUUAUUGUCAGCGCCUCGCGCGACAAAACCAUCAAGGUCUGGGAGGUGGCUACCGGCUACUGCGUUAAGACCCUUACCGGCCACAGGGAAUGGGUGCGCAUGGUGCGGAUAAGCCCCUGCGGCGAGCUCAUCGCCAGUUGCUCCAACGACCAAACGGCCAGGGUCUGGCACAUCGCCAGUAAGGAGACCAAGGUCGAACUGCGCGACCACGACCAUGUGGUCGAGUGCAUCGCCUGGGCGCCGGAGAACGCGCGACCGACCAUCAACGCCGCGGCCGGCACCGACAACAAGGGCGCCCACGAGGGGCCCUUCCUUGCCUCGGGCUCGCGAGACAAGACCAUCCGCGUCUGGGACGUGGGCAGUGGCGUCUGCCUCUUCACCCUCAUCGGACAUGACAACUGGGUUAGAGGAGUCGUUUUUCAUCCGAGCGGCAAGUUCAUUGUCAGCGCCUCCGACGACAAGACGCUGCGAGUCUGGGACGUACGCAACAAAAGAAACAUGAAGACGCUCGAAGCUCAUGCCCACUUUUGCACCUCAGUCGAUUUCCACAGGAAUCAUCCUUAUGUGGUCACCGGCAGUGUAGACCAGACGGCGAAGAUCUGGGAAUGUCGCUAGUCACCAAGCUUUCGUGAUUUUUUUCCAUUGACGAAGAAAUCAAAGGCAAAGCAAACCAUUUUUUUUAGAAAUGCGGAGCACACGCCGUGAUCAUUCAUUGUCACGGGAACAGCCGAACGAGUAAGCUGCAGCAAGAGCUAUCGUAUUUACAGAUUCAGAUAUUAUAAUUAUUAUAAACACACAUACACAAUACGGCUAAGACCUCUUUUAUUAAUUUAUAAUAAUGUAUAAUUAGUUAUUCAUAUUAUACAUGUAUCGUUUUCACGACAAUGAUCUACACUCGAUACACGAGAGGAGAGCAAGCGUAUAAAGAGUUAAAACAAAACAAGAGAGCGAGAGUGUUGUGAGAGCAUGAAAGAGGAUGCAAUGAGAUACUGAUGAUAGAGAGCUCGUACUAGAUAGUUUCAGCUUGACAGUUUUCUUACACCGCCUUUCCUAUAUGUAAAAAAUACAUUUCUACACGAGUUAUACGCAGUACUUAUAUGAUAUUCGUUUACGUAGAGCUGCUUUUUUACAUAAAUUAUUCGUCAUCUUAC